AUGUUGAUAACAUUCAUGGCGAUUAUCACUGGCUUAAUGAUACUUUACCUUAUUAUCAUGAUAGUGAUCCGUGUCCAUUAUAAAGCCCGUGCUGAUGAAUUACUUCACGAGAUGGAGACACAACAUCAUGCGAAGGACGGAAAGACCCCAUCACCGUUUGCGAUGCCUCCGCGGAAGGAUCACCAAGAACAAGAGGGCUAUGUACCUGUGGGUAAAAUGCGGGACGGUCAUCAUGCGCUUUAUUGGAAGGGUGACCAGGUCGCAGCUAUACUUCAUCACGCGGCUUUAGCUCCCGUUCUACCAUCACUUGAACAGCCUGAGAAGCAUGUGGAAAUAGCAAAUUACCGAAACAGUUAG